GGGGAGCAUGAAAAUAAUAAACCUUAUAUCGUGAUAUUAUUAUCGAGGAUUUCUUUCCAUUUCUUUCCUUUUAACUCUUAAGCCUUUCUCUGUUUUUGGGUCAAAGUUUGUUUUUGAUCUUUUUUUGAUUGUUCGGUUAUAUAUUGUACGGGUGGAAGUAGUACAUACAGCAGUCCGUCUAAUUUACAUCACAUCUCGAUAUCGAUAUUGUGCUAUUGCAUAAUAUUCUUCUAUUUAUUAGUAUUUGUUACUAUUCCACUCUGUCUUUUGCUUCUGUGUUCUCUUAUUCAUUAUGCGUAGCCUUUUGAAGGCAUUCUUACUUGCGCCGGCCAUAGUGUCGGCGUUUGUUCUACCACCAACUUCAGAACAAGACGUUGAUGUCGAAUUCGAAAAGAAUGAUGUUGAUGCGACGGAAGCUUAUACCAUGGGAUUCGUUCGCCUUGAUGUUGGACAUGAUUCCUCCUCAGCUGAUGUCAACCCUCUAGAUCUCCGAGUUGAUAUCCUUCAUUCCACAGAAGCAUGUGGCUUUGGGAAUGUCUUGAUCGAUGGCCAACCUCUUUCACAAACAUUCGAUUCGGAAACUUCAAUCUCAUCCGGCAAAGGUUCCAUUUCGACAUCAACAAAUAAAAUCGUAGUAGGAUCAUGGUCUUUCAAUUGUGUCGUUAUUGAUGGCAAACCACGUGGGCAACUUAUGAAGUUUAUGAUUGAUUUUUUGGAUGGAAAGACAAUUGAGAAUUCAGGAUUCUCCGUUUUAUUCAGACAAACUGAAGAGACAGAAAUCAUGAACAUCGAAACUAUUUCUUCGGAAGAUGAUCAAGUUAUGGAACAUCAUUCAUCGUCGGAUAAGCAACAUCAUAAAGGAAUGGGACCUGAAGGAGAACGUAAACACCAUAUGGACAAGGGAUCUGAAGAGGAACGCAAACAUCAUAAUGGAAAGGGUCCUGACGGAGAACAUGAACAUCAUAUGGACAACCGCCCAGAAGGAGAGCGUAAACAUCAUAUGGGUCACAAAGAGUUCAACAUUCACAAAGAGUUGGCCGAGCUUAGAUACAUGAAAGCUCAAAUGAAAGAGUUGAAGUAUCUCAUCCAUAAAAAGAAGCAUCACAUCUCAAAACACGCUCAAGAACAUCAUAACCUUGAUGACAGAAUCAGAGAUUGUGAUAGUCUUCGAUGCGUCGCUGCAGUUAUUAGCGAGAGGGCUCGUAAAUUCUACGGAAGAAUCUCUGGUGAUGAAUUCAACGAAGAAUCUUUCCAUCACUCUCGCGAAUCACACUCAAAGAAGGGUAAGAAACAUGGUAAAGGAUUCCAUGGAAAACCAGGUAACCAUACUGCCGGAAACCAUACUUCUCCACAUGUACCUCACGGCAAGAACAAUCAUACCGGUCCACACUUCCCUUCUCGUCCCCACCACAUUCUUCCAAUUUGUCAUUACCCUCCUCCUUUUGGCUUUCAUCAUCCUGGACCCCAUGGACCUCAUGGGCCACCACACGAACCUCCCCACGGACCUCCUCCACAUGAAUUCGGUCCUCAUGGAUUUGAACACGGAAGACACCAUGAAAGUCAUCCUUUCCAUGAUGAUGAAGAGGAACAUGGACCUUGGGAAGGACGACCUAGACAUCAUGAUGGACAUCAUGAAGAGGAAUUUGAAAAAUUAGAAAGACCUCAUAGGGGCCAUGACAAUUUUGAGGAUGAAUUUGAAGGGCGUCAUGGAAAACACGCUAAACCGCAUCAUGAACAAGGACCACCAUCAUUUGAUGGCCCGGAUUUCGAUCAUCCACACGAAGGGCCAUUCGAUGGACCAGAACAUGAAGGAUCACAUCACCCACACGACCAAGAAUUCCACCACGGCCCACCUCACAGCGAUCUCCACCAAGACACCGAAGACCAAGAACCCCCCUUCCACCCCAGUCCCCCAGACUCCCAUCCCGAUUUCUCCAAUCCCCCUCCGCACUCCGAAUCCGAACCCUCGCACUUCAACAGCCCACCCCAUCUCCUCGAAGAAUCCUUCUCCGGUCCUCCACCCCACGGCCCACCCCAUAGUGGUCCCCCCCACUUCCCCUUCCACAUCCUCAAAUUCGCAAUCAUCGGAUUUCUCCUCUCCAUCCUGCUCAUAACCCUGCAUCGCCGCACCUGCAGUCCCAAAGCCCGUUCUACCCGUCAAGCCCGUCGCGAACAACGCUGCAGACGUCGUGUUUCUCGUCAACCAAGUUUCCAGAACUGGUGGUACCGCGUUCUAGGCCGCGAACAAGAUUUCGAAGAAAAAGAUGGUUUACUCAACGAAGAUUCCGAUUCCGACUGCGAAAGCGAGAGUGACAACGAAUCCGAAAUUUCCGUCGGACAAGACAUUUCCUCAUUCCGCAACGCGGCAGAUGUAGUAGGUGACAUGGUAGCCGCAGAAGAAGGACGUUCCUCAUCUUCUCUUCCUCUUCCUAUUCACCAACGAAAUAUAUCCGAAGAUCAAAUCUUCCAUUUCAAUGGAUAUACGCAUGGAAUUUUAAUUCAAAGUGAAAUGGAAAAUGAAGAUGAAGAAGUAUUACCCGCUUAUGAAGAUAAUGAUGGGAGUGAAGAGGGUGGAAGUGUGGCGGAUGGAUUUCGAUAUACGCCAGGGAGUAGUGCAUAUAGUCCGAGUCAUUCGGCGAGUGGGAGUGUGAGUGAUAUUUUGGGGGAUAAGAUUUAGGUUUGUUUGGUGCGUUGCGGUUUUUUGGGGAUUGGAAAAAAAGGAGGCAAAUGGGGGAGGGAGAGGAGAGAAGGAGGAGGAGGAGGAUUGAGUUGAAAUAGAGAGACGGAGGAGGCUGUCAUUUCAUAUAUACCACAUACUGCGCGUUCGCAAUCUAGUACUGCUACUACUACUAUAUUUCUUUUGUAUCGAUCAAUCGUCAUAUUCUAUCUAUACUAUUAUUUCAUAUCAUAUCACAUACACACAUACCACAAACCGCAAUACAUAUAGAACUCUUCCA